CAGGAGACGCAGGGAUGAACUAGAGGAAAACGAACUAGAGAAACGGGAACUGUCGCGCAGUGUUCUUACAAGAAGCGGUGGGAUUCAGCUUUAUCUGGAAAUCGAGGUCUAUGCCGAAGAAGCCUUCUUAAGUAGUCCCUACCGGGCUAGUUUCAGUUUCUCGGGCACUCUGCCUAUGCUCUGAGGCACGCUCAUGUUUAUUGUGCUUGAAGCUCAGCUCUGGAGUUGAGGCCUGUAUGAGGCCGUACUUGGGACACUUGCUGGACUUUGUGAGUGUGGAUGGAUAUACACAGGAUGCGGAAAAGCUCAUAAAGAAGGUGGAUCUGCACGAAUGUCACUUCUCAUAUUAGUGUGCAUCUUCUUAAUAGCUGCCUCUGUUAUGUUUCUUGUAUAUCAGAACUUUCCACAGCUUAGUGAAGAGGAGAGACAGUGUAUAAAGAUUCCUAGAGAUAUGGAUGAUGCUAAAGCCUUAGGAACUGUUCUUUCUAAAUACAAAGAUAACUUCUAUGUACAAGUAUUAGUGGCCUAUUUUGCUACCUAUGUUUUCCUGCAAACAUUUGCCAUCCCUGGAUCUAUAUUUCUGAGUAUACUUUCAGGAUUUCUCUACCCCUUCCCACUAGCUCUGUUUCUUGUUUGUUUGUGCUCUGGACUUGGGGCUUCUUUCUGUUAUAUGCUGUCAUAUUUGGUUGGAAGGCCAGUCGUGUAUAGAUAUUUAACAGAGAAAGCAAUGAAAUGGUCAAAACAGGUUGAACGACACAGAGAACACCUCAUUAACUACAUAAUAUUUCUGAGAAUAACUCCUUUCCUUCCUAAUUGGUUUAUCAAUAUAACCUCUCCUGUAAUAAAUGUCCCACUGAAAGUAUUUUUCAUUGGUACUUUCCUAGGUGUCGCACCACCAUCUUUUGUAGCAAUUAAAGCUGGUACAACACUUUACCAACUUACAACAGCUGGUGAAGCUGUCUCCUGGAACUCAGUUUUUAUUCUCAUGAUUUUAGCUAUACUCUCCAUUCUGCCAGCUCUUUUCCAGAAGAAACUUAAACAAAAGUUUGAAUAAGGCUCAGCCUGGAUCUUCACUUCCCAUAUUUCAUCUCAGGAUCAGCACUGUUUCUAUUAUCACUUUUCUAUUGGAUCUUUAGCAAUUCAACAGGAGAGAAUUGUAAGGGAUAAAAAUGUUACUGAACUUCUUGCUCAGAUUUAUUUAUGGGGCACAAAGGCAAAAUAACUACAGCUGGAAUAAUAUUAAGGUGAACCAUAGCUUUUUAUAUAAAAAUGAAAAGGAUUGUUACUUUUAACUAAUCUGUAAUAUUUAAUUUCAACUAUUACAUGUAUGCCUUAUCUGAUUUUGCUUGUGAUAACUUAAUGUGAAUAAUUAAUUCCUGUUUUGUUCUCCUCUUUUCACUGUCAUUCAUACUCCCUACAGAAUAGUGAAUUGCACAGUUGAUUCUAUAUCCCAGUGGAAUAACAGACUGCAUGAGCUCCUAGUUAGAGAGCGGGGACAGGUGCUUUGACCAGGCUGUCAUAAGUCCCUGGGUUUCAUUUUUUUAAUGCCAACUGGAAGAGCUAAAACAUAUUGUGUAAUUCUCUUUUUAUGGAUGUUGUAUAUUAACUUCUGGGUUUGGUGUGGGAGCUGAUCAGGCUUUCUCAUAGCACAUAAAAAUGCUAGAGUUUUGAAUUUGGGAUUCUUUUCAUUUUUGGCCAGUAUUUCUGAUAUAUGGCAGCUAUUUCCAAAAUUAUAGCAAUCAUUAGAAUGUAUUUAUAAAUGUAUAUUGAAGUGCAGAAAGGUGGAAAUCACUUUUUUAAUUGGCAAAUGUAAUUGGUAUUUUAAAAAAUCACUUAAGUUUAAUUAGAUAUGCUAUGUUUGGGUUUUUAUUUAUGCAACAUGCCCAUGCAAAACAAGAAUGCACUGCCUUUGAUCCAAAGAUUCAAGGGUGCUCCAGUUGCCCCCAAGGUUCUCCAUCAAGCACAAGCGCAUUUAUUUUCAUUCCCCUAGAGUUGAAAUGAAUGAGAUGUGCCCAGGCAUGAGGAAGCUCCGUGUUUAUGCAUGCAUGCGUACAUCCUCUGGGUCAAGGUCAUCAUGUACAAACUAUACAUCUUGUAAAUAGUUCUUAGUACUAGGAUGAUGUGUCCUUGUUUUGAUGGAAAGCUGCCUGGUAAUUGACUCCAAAGCUAAAAUCUGUUUUCAAAAGUCCUCUGUUAGGGGUUUUAUUUGCAAAGGUAAUGAUACCUUUUCUUGAAAACUGCUGCUGUUGCCUAGGAAGAUAUUUUCUUUUUUUGUGGGCUUCAUUAUACUGUUCCAGUUCAGGACAGCUUUCAAACAUGGACCUGUCUUAGGCUGGUUAUUAUUUUUUGUAUUGGAUAUAUGCAGUAAACUGAACAGUCAAAUAGUUGCACAAUUCUCAUAAGCAAGACCAGAUUACUUUCCAGCCUUCUCUAUUCCUCUUUAACUUCAAGCCUAGUGUGCCAGUCAUUGUGCAUAAUGUACCAGCUGGUCUGAGUAACUACAAUAUGGUACCUGUUCCAUCCCCGUACAUGUUGGUUUGCGUCUUUUGUUCCCUGAGUGUUGUUCACCUACUAAUUAGUUUACAAGCCAUGUAAAGUGCACACUGUUCUUGCAUUUGGAAACAGAAGCUCCCUGCUGCUCUUUUGAGUGUGAAGCUCUUCUAGACUGCCUAAUAUUACAGUUUCUGCUGUGCUGCUUAAGAGCAAUGGAGAAUAGUGCACAAGAUGGAGGUGAGUAGAUAAUGGAGACCCUGAAGUCUGUAGGCUGGUUAGCUAACUGAUAUGUAAGAGACAACAUUAACAUCUUUGGAAUACAGCAGUGGUUGUUCACUUAAAAAAGCCAUUAGCCACAAUCCAGAAAAGUUACUUGUAGCUAAGCCCCAUUGAAAGCGGUGGAAUGCAACUUCAAUCAUGCCUAAUUCAGAGUGUGUCCAUUGUCUGCUUGUUUUACAGAGUUGAUGCCACUAGGGAUUCUUUGGUUGACAUUCUACUGUGUUUGAUACUUAACUAAAUUGGGUUAGAACUUGCCAGAGAAAAGCUAAUAUAUUUUUGUGGCUUUGUUAUGAUGUCGCUUUCCCAGCUCUUUGAAAUCAUCUCUCUUUAGUGGAGCUCAUGAAAUACAGGAGCAUUGGGGAAUAUGGAGGGAUACUGGUAGCUGCAAUUUUGUUCCUUUGUAACAUAAUAUAGAUUGAGUAAUUUUAUUACAGUAUUAUUUGUAAAUGCACAUAAAAUACAUUCAUAUGCUUUGUCACGUGUUCCACAUAUGCAGUUUUCAUUGCCUCUUGAUUUUUUUAUCAGGUGAAUUACAUCAUAAUAAAACAGUAUAGGGGCAUAAUCAAAUGUUUAACUAGAUUGACUUUUAUACCUCUUAGAUCUAUUCACAGAGGUUUGUUCAUAGAUGUUUUAAAAUACAUUUGUAACAACUAGUGCUACUAAUAUGAUGCUGAACCCUUUUGGCUGAGUAAUAAAUUAUUGCAGACUAAUUGUGUAGUCAAUACUACAGCUCUGCUUUCUCCAAAUUUUCCUGAUUUGCAUCAACACAGACAUAAUUUUCAAUUCUGUCUUUGCUGUUCAAAAUAAAAUAUAUCUUGAGUUAGUAUUUAUCAAUGUUUUUAGACAUUUAUUUGCAUUGUAUAAGAAGUUUAGGUUGUACAGAACUGUAUGGUUUUAAUCCUAUUUAAUGAAAUGAAAAUGGAAUAGAUUUGGUUAUACAGUUGGCUCAAAAAGAACAGUAGCUUUUUUCUUUUUUCAGGAAGCAACCAUGUUAAAAAUAGCUAAAGAUUUUCAGCUGUUGUAGAAUUCUGAGCUGUUAACAUUCUCAGGAGUUGUAUGACUCUGAAAACAUGACAACAUGUCUCUUCUAUCUGACAAUAAAACAAUUUCAUAAAUGUGAAGACUGUAUUACAUUGGCACCUAAAAAAAUAAAGACAGGUUUUUGGAGUGGUGCGGGUAAUGAAACCAUCCUCAUGGUGGUUCUGUUUUACUUCUAACAUGAAAAUGCAACAAGUAUGGAUGAAAUACAGGCAUAUUCUAAGAUGGUGUUUUUUGGGGGUGGGUGGGUGGGUAGGUUGGUUUUUGUGGUAUAUUGAGUUCAAAUAUGUGCUGUCUUUAAUAAUAUUAUCUGUGCUGAGUCUUUGGAGUAGGGUGGAAUAAGCCCAAUUCAAUAAAUUAACAGCAACUGCUUCAUUGUGUAA